AUGGAAAGUGGCAUCUGUACAGUACCGGGCCAAGUUAAAUUUUUCAAUAAAGAUCCACAAGAACUAUCAAAAGAAGACAUCGUACAUCAACACCUUAAUACCCUUCAAGAAUGGGAAGAUUUUUAUUACACGUACUCCCAAUGGAUGGGGUUUAGUAUUAGAAAAGAAGAUGUUCGCCGCGAGAAGGCCGAUAACUCAGAGUGGCAAAGAAAAUGGGUUUGCUCGAAACAGGGCUUCAGAAGAGAGAAGUGGAAAAACCUAACUAACCGAAAGAAAACACCCAGAGCCAUUACCAGGACAGGUUGUCUCGCAGUACUCCGAGUAAACUUGGAUAGGUCGGAUAACACAUGGGUGGCGAAAGACUUUAACCCAGUUCAUAAUCAUGACCUAGCUGCAAAGACAGAGCUACAUUUCCUGCGAUCCAACCGAGCUAUACCAGAAUGUAUAGGUGCACAGGUCAUUUCAAUGAGACGAUCGGGCAUACGCACUUGCCAUAUAUUAAAUCAUCUAGCACGAGAAAGGGGAGGACGUGAGUAUCUUCCAUUCAUGAAAAAGGAUCUUUAUAAUUGGAUUGGUCGCCAAAGACGACAAGAAGCAGAAGAAGGGGAAACAGACGCUGAAGGUGCACUCGGUUACCUAGAAUGUCUCGGUUUGCGUGACCCUGAUUUCUAUGAAACACACACAAUUGACAAGGACUUCAUAUUGGCAGACCUGUUCUGGGCCGAUGGAAAUUGUCGUAGAGAUUACAAUUUGUUCGGCGAAAUCAUGGCUUUUGACACGACAUAUAGGAAAAAUGCAUACAACAAACCAUUACUAAUCUUCGUCGGGGUGAACCAUCAUUUCAGAACAAUUGUUUUUGCAGUUGCAUUGUUAUACGAUGAGACGGAGGAGACAUACAUAUGGGUUUUACAAGAAUUCUUAGAGUGCAUGAAAAACAAGGCACCGCAUGUUAUUGUCACCGACGGAGACCACGCUAUGGCAAACGCAAUAAAGUUUGAGGAUACUUGGAACAAUAUGGUCUCAGAAUUCCAUCUUCAAGAAAGUCGCUGGGCAAAAACAACUUACGCCAACCGUAAAAGUUGGGCUGAGUGUUUCCUUCGUGGAAACUUCUUCGCGGGUCUUACAACCACCCAAAGGUCCGAGUCAAUCAAUUCCUACCUAUCGCACUUCCUAACGAGCAAACUUAAGCUUAGGGAUCUUGUCGGCCAAGUUGAUGCAGCCAUACAGAACAUUCGCCACACCAAAAGGGAGGAUGACUUCAUCAGUAACCACACUUUGCCCAGUAUACCAACAAACGUCCUCCACCAGUACUACCAACAAGUUGCCUCCAUUCUUACAAGGACCAUGUACGAAAAGGUGGCAGAGCAAAUCAGUAGUGCUCUUUCAUACUCAGUUGACUCCGCAGAUGUAACAGUUAACAGUCGGUCGUACUACUUGACACGUUUCCCAAAAGGACUAGUACGGAUUCAAGUGAACUACGACACUGACCAUGGACACAUCAAUUGUACAUGUAUGAUGUUCGAGUCCGAUGGAAUUCCAUGUCGUCAUAUAUUCGCUGUUAUGAAGCACUUGAACAUACCUUGCAUUCCAGACUUUCUGUUUAAGGCUAGAUGGAGGAAGGAUGCUAAGAGCUCGGUUGAAUUGAAUGGUUUCCCCCAUUCUAGGGUGCCCACUGAUGUGUUGGUAUGUACAAGAUGGGGAUCAUUAACAUCACGGUUCAAUGCAAUGGGAUACUUUGCGACCAAGCAAAGCGACACUUACGAAGAGGCCAUGAAUGAGAUGUCUCGGUUGGAGGAGAAAUUUAAGUCAAUGUGCUUCCAAUUUUGUAAUCAAUCCGGUGACGCAAACAUUGAGCAAAAUGAGAACCACUCCCACCCAUCUAACAGAGGGAUCCGAGAUCCAGCUUUAAUUUGGACUAAGGGGAGGGAACCUAAUAAAAAGUCAAAAGGAAAGGAGAAGGAGCAUGAUAACAAGGUGGCUAACAAGAGAAGAUGCAGAAACUGCAACGAGUUAGGGCACAACAAGGCAACUUGCAAAGUUCAACCUCAAAUUCAAAUGACUCAACAAUUUCAACCAUUUUCUAAGUUUCCAUCCACAGAAGCAAGUGUAUGUUGUGGCUUCAUCCAGCCUGGAGAAAGCAAUGACGAUGGCAAUAAUGACACAUCUACACCAUGGUAA